AUGUCCGAAACGCCGAAAAAGAGCAGCUCCCCGUCGAAAAACGACGGUAAAACUGACGACUACAAAAAGGCGGUCGCCAAGCAGCGUCGUCUCAAAAAGCUCCGUCAAAUGAAGAUCAAGGAUCGUGCCGGUGACGUCGUCGUCAGUGACGUCUCGGAUGUCGACGUGCAGGGCGAUGGAGAGGAGGAAUCGCAGGAUGCGUGGUUGAAUGAUCUUCUGAAGGCUGAUGGUGAUGCUCCGUCCGCUUCGAACAGUCCAUCUUCUGAGAAGGCUGCUCCAGGGACCAAAUUGGUAUCCAUGGAGACCACCGAAGAGACUUUGGCUUCGAAAAUCUGCGCCUUCACCAGCGAAAACUCGACUCUCCUCGGCGUUGGAAUCGUCACCGUGGCACUGACCAUCUUCGCACGUCUUCGUAAAUGA